AUGGUCCCGCUCACAGAGAUCAUCGUCUCGGCGUGUUUGAUCGUGAGCAUCUUCAUCUUUGGCCUCGUCAUCGACCUCGAGGCACAACGCCGCAUCCAAGACCUGCAACAAGCACACCCAACGCACAACGCCAGCGCACAUGGUCUGCCCGCGUGGCCGAGCACGCUGCCACAAGAGGCCUCGUCCGCGUGCUUGUGGCAACAGCCCGCUAAACCCACCAUGGACGGCGUCCGGAAGAUAGAAUUUCCCGGCAGUUUGUACUUCCGCAGCAUUUGUGAAACCGGAUCGGACGCGCCGUCGCUGACGCUGAAGGCCAAGUCCAUCAGCUGCCGCCUCUGGCAGCAACUGGAAGCGUACUUGGAAGAGCAGUUUGUGACCAAGAUCCAGCCAAUGCGAGGCCAGCCCAAGACAGUGUGCGUCCAGGCACCGGCAUAUCCGACCGAAUAUAUUUAA